UGUGCAAGCGAUGUGGACGGCUGAUGCUAGUGCAAGACUUACUGCGCAAGUAUUGCGCCAGCUGUAUAACGUCUCUGCUGGGCAUUAUGGGCGAAAGUGCAACUCGUUCUACGGCUGCAGAUGUUAUGAAUUUCAGACUCUUAUUCGGACUUGCUAUCGGCUGCAGGAUAGGAAGUGGGUGCACCAAGGAAUAACAGCACAUGUGUCCGGUCGGGAGGGAACUUCUUUUGGGGCAAAUAUUAGAGCCGAAAAAGCGAAGCGACCACCACUCUUACCUAAGCACCCAUCGAGUGGUUUGCCUUUCAGUGUGCAAUUUCAUUUGCAGCACAAUAAAAUUGGUGCACUUAUUUGACAUUAACCUCUUUUGUUUCUUUAAUAUUAUCAUGCCACUUCCAAGUUUUAUCUAUCAGCAAACUAUCCUGCACCCUUUCCCUUUUCUUUGUCUAGCCUUGGAUUCCUUCUGUUUUUCUCCAUGGUAGACUGAAUACCAAAUAACACGUCAUUCUUAUUUCUCUAUGUUUAAUUAGAUGGUCCUGAAAAGCAAUAUUCUCCAUAAUUUCUAGCUUUAUUGUUCUCAUGACUAUUAUUCACCUUCCCCCACAGCCUCUUUUUCUUAAUGUUCUAUCCCCUGCUUCUUAGCCAGUUCUCCGUUACGAGUGUCUGCCGUUGUCGGGGAUAUCAUCAUCAUCAUCAUCAUCAUCAUCAUCAUCAUGAGUGGGCAUGCUCCGUCAAUCAGCAAAAGAAAACAUAACCGGACCAAACACGGGCACAGAAUUCUAGGCCCAAUCCACCAGUGUGGGUAAGGGCCACGGUGUGCGGCCAUCAUCAGCACCAUCGUCACAGGGACGCGAACCAACUCGAGCCACGAGGCGAGAAGCAGAAGAAGCGAGAGAAGAGGCAGGACGGUUGCCUCGCACAGCCGCAGCGCAGACGCCUCCGUCCCGUUCGCCGGGGCCCACCGGAUCGAGGAAAAGCCGCGCGCCCACCGAGCACAAUGACGGGCCAACCAGGACGCCGGCGGGACCGCAGCCACCGGCGACGUGACCGCGAGGACCGCAGCCCCGCCGCGUCGAAGUCCCCGCGACGCCACCGAAUGGGCGGCCGCAAGGGUCGCACGCGUCGCUCGACGUCGCGGCGCUCCUCCUCUGCCUCCCAUUCCUCAUCGCGCGGCGAAAGGGGACGCCGUCUGGCCGUCGCCAGCGCCGCCUGGCUCCUGGCCGCGCUGCUCACCAUCCUGGGGGGCGUUGGCAUCGGCGUGCUGGCGGUGCGCUACGCCGACUUCUUCCAGCGCGUGGCCACUCCCGUGGCACCUCCUGCCCGGAGCUACCGCCCGGCGCCAAGGUUGGACGCUGACGGCUCUUACCUGGACUCGCCGGGCUUCGUCAAGAACAAGGGCGUCGACGCCGCCCCGGUGGAGACGUGCGACUCGGACGUUUGCCUCUGGGAAGGGCGCAACUUGUACGAGAAGUUCAACGAGUCCGUGAACCCGUGCAACGACUUCUACGGCUACGUGUGCGGCUCGAGCAGCUGGUACCGGCACAGCCAGCGCAUCGACACUCGGCCCUACCGCAUACACAGCCCCGGACAGCUCAUGUUCGACCUGGCCGACCUGCAGCAGCGCCUGUACCGACUUCGCGGCGACCAGUACCGGGCACGGCCGACGCUCUUCACCAACCAGCUACUGUUCUUCCUCAGCAAUUGCACCCAACCGGAGAAGAACGAGUCAGUAUGGGCGACGCUGAAGAAUAUCUUUGUCGAGAACCUGCUCCAAGGCUGGCCUUUCAAGAAGGACCCUAAGGUGUUGAGGAUCUCGGACACGGCCAUGGUCCUGGACAAGUACAUCGGUCUGUUCGCCUUCGUCAGGGUGUCCUUGCGCAAGGACCUCGAAGACGACGACUACGAAGUACACCUGGAGGCUCCGGAGCUGAUUCUCAAAAGGCACCAGUUCGUGUACCCGAACGAAUCGGUGGCCGAAUACGCCAAACGGGUCGAGAGGCUCAUGUCCAUCUUCACCGAUGCCAGCAUGGUCAAGGCCGCCGAGGACGUCGUGCAGCUGGAGCAGAGACUCCUGCAGAUCAAGGCGCCUCGGAGGUUUCUGCCGUACGACAACCGGACGGCCACCAUCAAGGAGCUCCAGCGCCGCAAUGCAUGGCACUGGCUGACCUACCUGAACUUCCUGCUGGAGGACGCGGGCGUCCAGUUCCACCGUCAGUCAAGUGUGGUGGUCUUGGACCGCGAGUACGUCACACGCCUCUCCCUCCAGCUGAGCAAGUUCUCGGGCAAGACGCUACUCAACUACCUCGGCUACGCCCUGAUAGUCAAGUUCUCCCCGCUCCUGCCCAGCGACGUCGACUUCGUCGUGCCGCUGAGCCACGAAAACUACCUCGAGACAGUGCCCGAGCGCCUGCAGGCAUGCGUCCACAUGCUCGAAGACCUGUGCCCGUACCUGGUCCGCAAGAUGGCGCGCAUGACGAUCGGCCGGGAGAACGCGACCACGCCUCAGUGGCACUACGACGAAGAGAUGCACAAGCUGGUCUACAUCAUCAAGGAAAGCAUGAAACAGACGGUGCAGAGGGCACCCUGGCUGAGUCAGGCCGAAGUGGACGCUGCGUCACAAAAGAUCGACAAGAUUCGAGUUGACUUUCUGGCAGCCAGGGAGAGCGAGGAGCAGGUGAACGCCUACUAUCCGCAGUUUGUGAGCCCGUUCCCGGCCAGCGACGCACUGCUGGGCUACUACAAGCUUCUGAACGAGACCAUGACCUUCUACUGGAUCACAAACUCGUCGUAUGACCUGGACGCCCGCUACCAGGCGUCCUCUCUGGUCGCCGGAGAGGUCGAGUACGUCGCCGAGAAGAACCUCAUCUUCAUUCCGCACGGCCUCAUUGCGUUCGCCAGCAACAUCACGCCGACGUUCGACCCGCUCUUCGUACCGCUCAUCGUGCCCGCCAUCUUGCGCGCCAUGUUCGCCGCCAUCGAUCGGCGCGGCUCGACCGUCACCUUCCAGAAUCAGGUGGUGAACUGGUGGUCAAACGCUAGCCGGUUCAGGUUCGCCUCGAAGCUGCAGUGCUUCCAGGACCAAUACGCGGCCGAGGCGCAGGCCGCAUUGGCCGUCGACAUCGACGAGGACUUCUUUCUGGACGAGAACGUCGCGGACAACGCCGUCUUGCACCCGCUGCACGAUGUCUACCGCAAGGCGAUGCACCUGGCACGCCACACGCCACGCGACUCCCGGGUUCCGGGCCUGGAGACCAUGACCAUGGACAAGCUGUUCUUCAUCAACUACGCCGUGGCCCACUGCGACCGCAUCAGCGCCAACCUGGAUCGCCGGCGGGUGCUCUACAAAGACGGAGUACCGGCCAGACUGCGCGUAAACGUGCCUCUCAAGAACUACCCCAAGUUUGCCGAGGUCUUCAAGUGCCAGCACAACGUACCCAUGAACCCGGAGAGCCGUUGCGAGCUGUGGUGAAGUGAGAAUAAAGGCGUCGUUGCAGGGUCCUUAAUAA